AUGAUCUUGAUCACAUCCAUAAAAUUAACUUUCUUUGUGUAUUUUAUUAUUUAUUGUAUUUGAUAUGGUAUUAGAUUAAUAAUACCACUUUUUAGCUGAUGAAGGGAAGUAUUUACUUUAUGGGACGUGACGUGAUGCCCUUGAGAUAAUGUAAUUUAUUAGUACUGAAGUUGCUUAUAAUAUUUGUAAUUGAUUACUACCAAUUCAUGGUUUGAGCUUCUUUAUUUCUUUCAGGGGUGAUGUAGUGCAAGUAGACACCUGGGUAGCUGCAUCCGGAAAGAAUGGUAUGCGGUGUGAUUGGCUUGUUCGUGACUGCAGAACUGGGGACAUGUUAACUAGAGCAUCCAGUGUCUGGGUGAUGAUGAAUAAAGAGAAGCGGAGGUUAUCUAAAAUUCCUAAUGAAGUUCGAGGGGAAAUAGGUACUUUUUUUGUGGAUUCACCUCCUGUUGUGGACGAGGACAGCAGAAAAUUACUAAAACUCGAUGAAAGCACAGCAGAUUAUAUUCGUAAUGGUUUAACGCCUAGAUGGAGUGAUCUAGAUGUCAAUCAGCAUGUUAACAAUGUGAAAUACAUCAGAUGGAUUCUUGAGGUAAAUUCCUUUCUUUCGUUUGAUGCAUAAUCUAUCUUGUUAUUGAUUUUCUUGUCUCAUAAAAUAUGAUCUGAGACCCCUAUGGGAAUGCUCGGUUCAACAUUAAUUUAGCUGAAGUAUUUGCUCACUUGUUUGUAUCUGCUAUUCACGUUAGUUGAGUACAGAUUCCUUCCCUUUGUCAUUGUAUCAUAAUAACAAAAUGAUGCGCCUUCUUGU